AUGAGUGACCGAUCUCGAACGUGCGAUGAAGGUCACGCAGGGAAUGGCGAAAACGCCGUUUUGCCGGGAUCGCCGGGACCUCCCAGGUGUCGUAUCGGUAACCCAUCGUGUUGUUGUGUCACCGAAUACCGCACCUGGGACGACGACUGUCCUCUCUGUCAAGCCCUUCGCGAAGAGCACGUUCAGGACGAGUACACGCAGAUUUUAAACAGUGAGAUGAGCGUGAUGAUCGAGGCGGUGUACGGCUUAAGUAGUCUUGUAGAGCAGAAGCUCAAGGAAAAACAGAAAACGCGACAGGAUAUCUGGAAACGAGAAGGCACGUUCGGCAUCUUCGUCACCAAGGGCGAAGACGGCAGAAGAAGGAUCGUGGUCAGGGAUGGUUGGACUUCGUACCACAUCGAUGACGCUCAGUCGGGAGGUGUUCUCGUCCGCCGCGUUCAGCCACGAGUUCUCACUCGGAGUCACACCACCACGACGGGGACUCCAGAGGCAGUCGAAGGUCCCCCGACCUCGACGGGGGUCGGGGGCAACGCCAGUGGAGCCGCUGGACGGGUAACCGCUCCACCGCCCGUGGACACCCUCGAGGCUUGCGAGAGAGCUGCUCGGAGGCUUCGAGAGGUCGCGUCGCAUCUCCAACAUGGCGACGUCCCUCUUGCAGUUCUCCAAAAGACCCUCACAUAUGCCGCUUGCGUCCUUGAAACUGUCUGUCAGGAGGAAACAAGGAAACUUCUCGACGAAGAUGAUGAACUUUCGGAAGUCCGCCCCGACGCCGUGCCCACCGAGGUCCGCGAGUGGCUUGAGUCCACGUUCACAAGGCAGUCGGCAUCUUUGCCGAAACGCCGGUCCGAGGAUAAGCCCCGCUUCCGAUCGGUGGCUAACGCUAUACGGGCGGGCAUCAUGGUGGAUCGCCUGUAUCGAAGAGUGUCGCCCUCAGCCGCGGUGCACCUACAAGUACCCCCACCUAUAUUAGACCUGCUCAAGACAACUGAUGAAUGGUGUUUCAAUGUCUUUAAACUGAACGAACUGUCCACCGACCAAGCUCUGCGCUAUCUCUCUUUCGACCUUCUCAACCGCUACGGUCUUGUCCACAAGUUUAAGAUGUCCAGUCUCUUCCUCGAGAACUUCUUAACUCAAAUCGAAGCCGGCUACAAGAAAUACGGCAAUCCCUACCACAACAAUAUGCACGCCGCAGACGUUACGCAAACUGUUCAUUUCAUGCUCUGCAGAGCUGGCGUCGCGAACUGGCUAACAGACCUGGAGAUAUUUGCAACUCUCUUCGCAGCUAUAAUUCACGAUUAUGAGCAUACGGGCACCACAAACAAUUUCCACGUUAUGUCCCGCUCAGAGACGGCGCUCAUCUACAACGAUCGUUCGGUCCUCGAAAAUCACCACAUUUCUUCGGCGUUCCGAGUGAUGCAACGCGACGACUGCAAUGUUUUGGCCAACCUCAGUCGAGAAGAAUACAGAGAGUUCCGAUCCUUGGUGAUAGAAAUGGUUUUGGCUACUGACAUGACAUCGCAUUUCCAACAAGUGAAAACAAUGAAGACCGCUUUGGGACACCAUGACUUCAGCCUUGACAAACCCAAGUCUCUCUGUCUAAUACUGCACGCCUGCGACAUCUCCCAUCCCGCGAAGGAAUGGAGCCUCCACACAAGGUGGACGGGCUAUCUGAUGGAAGAAUUCUUCAAGCAGGGGGACAAAGAGAAACAACUUGGCCUUCCCUACUCGCCCCUCUGCGACCGAAACACCACGAUGGUUGCAGAAAGCCAGAUAGGCUUUAUCGACUUCAUUCUCAGUCCGACAAUGGACGUUUGUAGCGAGCUCAUCAUGAAGAUCUAUCAGCAGGUAUUGCAUCAACAGCAGCAACAACGAGCUUCAUCAGCGAGUACGACAGGGACGCCCUCCGAGGACAGCUCCAGAUCUUCCUCGGUGUCGUCCGUCGGAUCCCAGGACGUUCCUAAAGAACCAGCUAGACCUUGGAUGAAGUACCUUGAAGUGAAUCGACUCCGUUGGCAAGAGCGUGCCGCACAAGACGCCGAAGCGAAACGUCUUGCGGAGGAACAAGCUUCUGUCACAAAUAACGGUAGCGCCGAGGAGGCCGCGCCUGCUUCGACCGAAUGA